CGUUUCCCCUCCCUCCUUCCAUCUCUCUUAUCCCCGUCUUUUCUCUCUUUCUCCACAGGGAGCUGGACCAUAACGACAUCUCGGGGACAAUAGAGGACACCAACGGGGCCUUCUCUGGAUUGGACAGCCUCAACAAGCUGACUCUGUUUGGAAACAAGAUCAAGUCGGUGGCCAAGAAAGCCUUCUCUGGCUUGGAGACCCUGGAACACCUGAACUUGGGGGAGAAUGCUAUCCGUUCCAUCCAGCCCGACGCCUUCAGCAAAAUGAAGAACCUCAAAACACUUAUCAUCCAGAGCGACAGCUUCCUGUGUGACUGCCAGCUCCAAUGGCUGCCUGACUGGCUGGUGACCCGCGGUCUGACGGCCGGCGCCAACGCUUCCUGCGCUCACCCCGAGAGCCUCAAAGGCACCAGCGUGUUCCAGGCUCCGCCCAGCAGCUUCGUGUGCGACGACCUCCCAAAGCCCCAGAUCACGGUGCAGCCGGAGACCUCUGUGACGGUCCUCGGCAGCGACGUGCGUCUCACGUGCACGGCGGCGAGCAGCAGCACCUCCCCCAUGACCUUCGCCUGGCGGAAGGACCAGGAGCUGCUUCGCCACGCCGAGACGGAGAACUACGCCCACGUGCGCGCUCAUCACCAAGGCACAACGUCCGACGUGCCGAGUGUAAACGGAGACGUGAUGGAGUACACCACCAUCCUGCACCUGCGGCACGUCACCUUCGCCCACGAGGGCCGCUACCAGUGCAUCAUCACCAACCACUUUGGCUCCACCUACUCCACCAAGGCCCGCCUCAUCGUCAACGUCCUGCCGUCCUUCAUGAAGACGCCGCGGGACAGCACCAUCCGGACGGGCCACACGGCGAGGCUGGAGUGCGCCGCAGAGGGCCACCCGACGCCGCAGAUCGCCUGGCAGAAAGACGGCGGCACGGACUUCCCCGCCGCCCGGGAGCGCCGAAUGCACGUGAUGCCCGACGACGACGUGUUCUUCAUCAUGGACGUGAAGCCGGAGGACAUGGGCGUGUACAGCUGCACCGCCAAGAACACCGCCGGCACCGUCUCCACCAACGCCACUCUCACCGUGUUGGAAACUCCCCACCUGGCGCAGGAGAUGGAGGACCGCAGCGUGGUGGUGGGCGACACGGUGGCCCUGCAGUGCAAGGCCCUUGGGAGCCCGCCGCCCCGCAUCACCUGGCUGCGCAACGACCAGCCGCUGCGCCCCUCCGACAGACACCACUUCACCCCCGGCAACCAGCUGCUGGUGAUCGGCGCCGCCUCUGUGGAGGACGCGGGGCGCUACACCUGCAUGAUGUCCAACACGCUGGGCACGGAGCGCGCCCACAGCCAGCUGCUGGUGACGCGCCGCCGCGGACCCUGCCCCUCCCCCUCCGGCCCGAGCACCGUCACUAUAGGGAUCAUUGUCAUCGCCGUGGUGACCAGCAUCGUGGUGACGUCGCUGGUGUGGGUGUGCAUCAUCUACCAGACCAGGAAGAAGAGCGAGGAGUGCAGCGUCACCAACACAGACGAGACGAUAGUUCCUCCAGACGUCCCCAGCUACCUCUCGUCGCAGGGCACGCUGUCCGAGCGGCAGGAUGUGUGUAUCCGCGUGGAGGCGGGACCUCAGCCCAACGGACACAUCGUGGACCCCACAGGUUUCGACCCCGCCGUGGUGUGCACAGAUUGCAUGGAGAACGGCAGCAGCUACUCCAAAGACUCGGACUACCUGACGCACGGGUACGGCCACGCGGGAGGCUUGGAGUACCAGCAGCACUCUUUGCCCCCCCCACACCCUCACUGUUACCCCGGGGAGCCGUACUCCAUCCCGCUCUGCAACGGGACCCCCAACGGGAUCCGGAAGGACAACCAAGGCUCCACGCUCCCAAAAAACCACAACACGUUACAGAUGAACCAACACGAUAGAAAAGUGAGACAGACUUCAUCGUUCUCCCCGUCGCAGGAGGACUCCUUCCACAAGCCGGUGAAGCUGGCGAGCCCCGGCCGCCCGGACAGUGACUUUGAGCCUGAGCUCCGACAGACUCUGCUGUCUAACGGACACGCCGUCAGAGCCUCUCAGAAUGAGUGCGCCCCCCUAAGGAGAGCCAGCGACUAGCAGGCGCUCCAUCCAGCCCCAAAAAAGCGGACUCGCAGUAGCCGAGUGGACUUUCUAUAUAUUUUUUUGCACUGGGAAAAUAAACUGCUACCUCAUAUCGAGGGCGAUCGAUCCCUAGCCUCCUGGAUCUGGACUACAAGAGAGCACCAGGAGGGGGGGGGGGGGAAGGCACAGGGGGGGGCAUCCGGAGUUUGAAGGUGGAGCUUGUGUGGGUGGUGUCCCAUCUGAGCGUUAUCAGCUGUACAUAGUUUAAAAACCUUCCUCUGGGAGGUGACCAAUUAAAAAGUUCUAGCUCCUAAAAAUGUGACUUGCAUUUGAAGCAUGUAAAUGUAGGGAAUCUUGUACAGUAUACGUAUGUGCAGGGGAAAAGAGAAAUAUACCUUUGGACAUUUGACUGUACAUAAGAGUUUUGUUAUAUUAUAUAUUAUAUAACUUUUACAAAAGAGUAUUUGAAUUUAUGUGCAUGACAAAGAAAGGAGUGAUGGUAUUUUUAUUUUUCGUCAAAAAAAACAGCCAUUUUCAGCUUUGACCAACAUUCAGCUGCGGUGCCUUAAUGCAUGAUCAAAGAAAAGUCAUCUUGUAAUAGCCUAUAUCCAGAGACUUUGUGAGAGACAGUGGUACACUCUUAUAGCAAACAAACACUUGAUUGCACUUGAAUGUUUUUUCGCUGCCAAACAUGGCCUUACAGAAACACAGUUCACAUUCGUUGUUGUUUUAUGAAGGAAGAGCUUUGAUGUCAAUUAUUUCGGUACGGUUCACGCUGGGAUAUUUGUGGGCGGUCAGUUCAAGCACUUUUUGUAUUCACGUCAUAAGCAAGCAGAUUGUGAACAUGAUAUCUGCCAAUGGGAAUGCAGGAGCCUCCUCCUUUAUGUGAGGAGACAUUCCUCUUAUUUUGACACGGUAAAGGCUACAGUACAUACUGUACCAUUAAGGCUCUUCCACCUGUUUCACAAUUCUACAAAUUACUGCCAAGCUGUUCCGAGGUAGAACAUGUUCCUCUCUGAGUCUGAUUUGUUUCUUUAUUUGUCCAAGAAAGGUACUUUGGAGACAAACGUUUGUAAGUUUUCAACAAAAUCUGUUCAAAUUCAUUCAAACAGCUCAUUUAAAAGCUGCAAGAAGCCAGUAAUGCUCAUUCAGUUUGGAAAUGGAACACCUGCUAUGUGUUCUUGUUCACGUUCAUUGGGAAAUCUACAGCUAUGUGACAUUUAAUUGGCUGAAUGCUUAAUUAUACAAUUGUUAUUCCAUGCAGACAUUUUCUUCAAUGUCCAGAGAAUCAGGUCUGCACAUUGUCUGGAGUUUCCCUUUCACACAUGUCACACACAACAGAAGAUUAGUCCUGUCAGACGAUGUCUCACUUACUGGAAAUAUUUAGUUUGUUUUGUAGGAGGCCCAACAUGACACAUCACACUGUGAUCAUGUAGCCAGUUCGUAAUUUGGUCAUGAGCCAUCAUAAAUGUGUCUGCCAAAUCCGAUGCAAGCUAGAAGUUUGAGAAUCUGGUCUAAACCGUAAUCAUUAUUGUAAGCGGGUUUUUAAAAAAAAUUGCUUUCUGCAGUUUUCCCAGACAUCUGACAUUUCAUAGACUUCGUACUAGGGAUCUGGCUGGUUAAAGUCCGUUUUUAUAUUUAGUCUUCCUUGUUAAAAGGCUGUCCUAGUUAAAAGUUGCAGUGCAUGUGUGAAAGGGGCUUCAGAAAGACGGAGAAUGUUUAAUUGUUUUACUGCUGUAAUGUGCCUCAACAUCCACCGUUGUGCAUUCACAGGCAAACGGCCAGUACUCUGCCUCCGUCUCAUCGCCACAGUGUAACAAUAACUUCAUCAUCACUUCAGUUGAAUAUUGUUUAAGGUAUCUAAAAGGUUGAUGCUGUGAACAGUUGGGAAGCUUGUGAAAUGUGCUCUAACCAAACUAUUGGAGGAAUAAUACAGUCGGGUGUGUCGACAAUCCCUGCAUACACUGGGUCAGAAUUCAGUCAAAAGUAGUUACAUCGUCUAAUCAUUGUAUUCAUGCGUUUCGCCAGUUGUUCAAACUGUGUUCCGUUACCAGUGGCCUUAUCAAGGUAAACUGGAGGACAUGCUCCUCUGGUUACACCUGAUGGCACCUAUCAGAGGUGAUUUUACCAGCAGGACCAAUCAGAGAUCCCGGUUUGGAAAGCUAAUCCCAGUGUAGCAGAUAAAAGGGACAAAAGGGAGGGAGGGGCAGUUCAUGUUCCGAGUAAUUUAUUGAAAACUGUUCGAAAAACCGUUGUACCAAUGUCGAAGCUGAAACAGUGAAGUGUCUAACAUGGCAUUGAAGUGUCUAAUAAAAAUCACAUUUUGCUAUUA